GAUCACUGGCACGUCCACUUCCUUAUGCAAAUGAGUACCGUUAGCAGGCAAACCAUGUGACGUCAUCGACAGCUUGCUAUAUAAAAUCCUUCCGCCCCCUUUCCCAUUCCAGUGCGGUAUUGCAGUUACGCAGCUCCAGAAUCAAACAGCAGCAGUGUCAAGAUGGCCAGCAUGAAGGAGAAACUGAUCCACAAUGUAGUACCUGACUCUUCUACUCCACAGAAUAAGAUCACCAUCGUUGGCGUUGGUGCUGUAGGCAUGGCAUGUGCCAUCAGCAUCCUGCAGAAGGACUUGGCAGAUGAACUUGCUCUGGUUGAUGUCAUUGAAGACAAACUAAAAGGAGAGAUGAUGGAUCUUCAGCACGGAAGCCUCUUUCUCCGCACACCAAAGAUAGUGUCAGGAAAAGAUUACAGUGUCACUGCAAACUCCAGACUGGUCAUUGUUACUGCUGGAGCCCGCCAGCAAGAGGGAGAGAGCCGCCUGAACUUAGUGCAACGAAACGUCAACAUCUUCAAAUUCAUCAUUCCUAAUAUUGUCAAAUACAGUCCCAACUGCAUGCUGCUCGUAGUCUCCAAUCCUGUGGAUAUUUUGACCUAUGUGGCUUGGAAAAUCAGUGGUUUCCCCAAACACCGCGUCAUUGGCAGCGGCUGUAAUCUGGAUUCUGCUCGCUUCCGCUACCUCAUGGGGGAAAAAUUGGGCAUCCAUGCUCUGAGCUGCCAUGGUUGGGUUAUUGGUGAACAUGGAGACUCCAGUGUGCCUGUAUGGAGUGGGGUUAAUGUAGCUGGAGUGAGCUUGAAGACUCUGAAUCCUGAAAUGGGAACGGAUGCUGACAAGGAGAACUGGAAGGAAGUUCAUAAACAGGUGGUAGACAGUGCCUAUGAGGUGAUAAAGCUGAAGGGCUAUACAUCCUGGGCUAUCGGCCUUUCUGUGGCUGAUCUUGCUGAAACCAUUGUGAAGAACCUCAGACGUGUACAUCCAAUAUCUACAAUGAUUAAGGGCAAUUAUGGUGUAAAUGAUGACGUCUUCCUCAGUGUACCAUGUGUUCUCGGCAGCUUGGGGAUCACAGACACAGUGAAUAUGACCCUCAAAGCAGAUGAAGAGGAACGCUUACGGAAGAGUGCAAGCACUCUCUGGGGCAUCCAAAAGGAACUGCAGUUUUAAUCUGAACCAGCUGCCAUAGUCUGUCCUUAAUGUGUGAUUAUUUUGCUGCACUUUCAUGUAGGUCAAUCCCUUCCUGUAGUUAGACUUUUGCAGUCCUUUACAUGACACAUGUUGCCCUUGUAACAAAGUGUUUGCCCUGGAAGGCAAAUUCUGUACCUGUCACCAUCACUGCCUGAGAACAAAUUUGGUCCCAUUUUUAAAGUGUUGGCCUUUGUAACCCAGAACUAAAUCAGGUGGGAGUAGUAAUAGAACUACAGCAGGAAGUGUCGGGUUGUUUCUAGUAAAUCCAACCUGUUUAAUAGGUUUACAAGUCUUGGUAAGUUACUCUGGUUAACGGCGCUUGUCCAUGGUAAGUUUACAGGCCGUAUUGUCAAGUCUUGGCUGUUUGAGGAUAUCUAAGAUCAUACUUAUAAUUCUAGGGUGCUUUUUUCUAUCUAAAUGUUUGUGUAAAACAUGUGACUCUGGCAAUAAGUUCACAACAAGACAAAUAAAACCAUGUGACUACA